AUGUCGAAGCUAUGGCCCCCGGUCGACGUUCCCAACACCCCUCAAACGCCGAUUAGUUUUGAGAAGCUCAUGAUGCUGCAGCUUGGAGAAAAUGCAGAUGGCGUGAUCAAGUGUGGUACCUCCCGCUGGAAUGUGCACUUGAGCGUUCUAACCAACCGAUGUGAGUGGUUCGAACAAAAAUUCUUCGAAGCUCGAUCCCGCGGAAGCAAUGAGGUGGUUCUCUCAACAUCUCCAUAUGUGGCCUACAAGAUCAUCGUCUGGAUUUAUACGAAGACUCUGGACCUUCACGAAUCAUUCAGGGGCGAUAUCUAUGCUAUGGGUGAUUGUCUCUUCCUAUGGGAUAUGGCUUACCAACUAGCAAUUCCCGAGUUGAUGGUUGCUUGCGAGGAGAAACUCAAGGGAUUCCUUAGGGGUAUGGUCGUGCCCAUACAACGCAUGAAGUGCAAGGGGGAAUCGCCAACGCUCGACGCGUUCCUUAUUUGCUCUUGCGUACACUACGUGUACGAAAAAGACUAUUCUAUCCUGAAGAACAUAUUCCUUGAUUUCGUCAAGGACAGCCAACUCUGGGUUUUGGAUGUCCCCGACUUCCAGAAGGAGAUGGCCACAACCCCGGAAUUCAAGAAGGAUGUCGCUAGUCUCGUUAAGAAAUCCCCGGGAUUAAGAACGUUCAAACCAGAUGUCUGUGGCCAGUGCAACAAGGAUCCUUUCGCGGAUGCAGAAUUUUCGCACUACGCAUACACCAAGUCUAAAGACGGCAAAUUCACUGCCAUAUGCUUCCGCUGCCAUAUCCAGAACAAAUCCAGGAUCCGAACCGCAUCAGGUGCUGUUCCUGAGGGAAUCGCAGCCUGGCUUCAAGGUGUCCAGAAAGAAGUUCAAAGUGCCCAGAAAAAAGCUUAA